CUACAUACAUAAAUACACUGUAAUAAUCAGCCUAUAACAGGAGACCAACAAGAGAGAGAAUACUUUUGCUUCGCUAUUACGUAAGAGACCCCGCGACUUCCAAUCUCUGUACUCCUAGAGAGAGAGAGAGAGCUUUGACGGUGAUGAGAGAGAGAGAGAGAGUUUGAGUGACUGAAAAUGGAGGCUCCGUCGAACGACUGCUGUUCGAUAUGUCACGGCAAUUUUCAUGUCCCCUGCCAAGCCAAUUGCUCUCACUGGUUUUGCGGUAAUUGCAUCCUUCAAGUUUGGAAUUAUGGAUCAGCCUUUCAGCCAUGUAGAUGCCCUUUAUGCCGCCGUCAAAUUAAUUUGCUGAUUCCUACUGAUGCUGCAUCACAGCAGCGUAAUAAUUCUGAAGUUGCUGAAGUUCUUGGAAAGAUUGAAAGAUACAACCGUCAUUUUGGUGCUCACUCUAAUGGUCUCAUUCAGAGAUUCCGAGACCUUCCUUUCCUUCUCAGGAGGUUGUCACGAGAUAUACUGGAGCCUCAGAGAUCACUUCCAUUUGUUAUCAGAACUCGUGUCUAUUUGUCAAUGUUUGUAAGUGCGAUCUACAUUCUCAGUCCUGUCGACAUUAUUCCCGAAGGAAUAGUGGGAGUCAUAGGUCUCCUGGAUGAUAUUCUUAUAGCACUCAUCUGCUUCCUUCACAUUGCCACCCUUUAUCGGUCUGUACUUGUUUUUCGUCACGGAGGUUCUUGAACUGACUUGAGUUGCCAAAAAGACCGAUACCUAGAAGGCUAGAAAGUUGAAGAUGUGAAAGAUGGAAGAGGAAUUGGAAGGAAUGAGAUAUGUACACAUCUUCCACCCAUGGCCGACGAAAUAAUUAUGUUUUUCCAGCUUUAUGAAGUUGAUGAGGUAGUGGAUCAAUAAAGCAUGUUAAUAGGAAGUUUUUUAUUUAUGAUUUUUUAGCUUUAAAUUUCCUCUGACAUUUCAAAAUGGAAGAGUCUGUAAUUGAUGCGAAUAUGUUUUAUUUCACUUUGAUUUGGUUUCGACUGUAACGUAGAGUGGAUGUGUGACAUUGCCAGUGAGGUUGUGACUUGUGAGACUGCUGGCCACUGUUGCGUAAUUUAUUAAUGUAGUUGUAGUGUGUAUAUAGCUUAUAAAAUAUGACCUCUUGAAUGCUUACUUAGAAA